UAUUAAAAUGGCUGGUCCAUUUCUAUCUCCUUUGCCCGGUGAUCUUUUAACGGAAUACAUGUUCGGUCGUCGCCGCCAAAGACGUAAUCGUACGACUUUUACACCACAACAACUGCAAGAAUUGGAGGCAUUAUUUCAAAAGACUCAUUAUCCUGAUGUCUUUUUACGCGAAGAAGUCGCUUUAAGAAUAAGUCUAAGUGAAGCUCGUGUUCAGGUAUGGUUUCAAAAUCGCCGAGCCAAAUGGCGUAAACAGGCACGACUACAAUUAUUGCAAGAUGCUUGGCGCAUGAGAUGUUUAAGUUUAGGAACACCGCCGGUCAUGGGUCAAGGAGGUUCUCGUUUACCAAACGGUGCCAUGCCUAAUGGUUCAGCACCACCAGGUUUACAACAAGGCGACGUCGCACCCGAAAAUCUAUCCAAUACAGCAAAUAAAGAAAAUCCCAAUGGAGCUCUAAACGAAAACAAUGUUACCAUGAUGCAUUCCAGUUUUCAGCAAGACAAACACGAUGCAAAUGCCGAAAGUUCACUGGCAAAAAGCAAUGGCACUGAAAAAACCUACACGGAAUUAAAACUUUACAAAGAUCAUCAUCAACAAAAUCAACAUUUGACACAAGCUUUGCACGCCCAAAUGCAAAAUGAUCCACGUUUAAUGGCCGCCUUAGAACAAAACUCGGAUGAGGGUUCAGAUGGUUCCGAUUCAGAAGAAAUCGAUUUGACAUCCGGAUCAUGUAUAGAUUUUUCAAAUAAACAUCAAACAGUGGUUGUGGGUUCAGCGGUAACAUCGGCUAGUCCAACACUACAUGCCCAGCAGCAACAACAGCAGCAACAACAACAGCAAUUGCAACAAUCACAAAUGGUGGCCAGCAAUGGGGUCCAUUAAAGUUUGUGACAAACUUUUAUCUUUCUUUAUAAUAAUCACUUUGAAAAUGCAAUAAACAAAUUAAUCGUACUACUUACAUACACA